CUUCAGUAGCUCAGACAUACGUUACAGGAGUGGGUGGGUGAGAUUCUGUGGCCUGCAUUGUGCAGGAGGUCAGACUAGAUGAUUAUAAUGGUCCCUUCUGACCUUAACAUCUAGGAAUCUGUGAGUCUAGGUCAGGAAUGUUGUUCACAGUAUCAUCGGCGAUCCCUCAAGGUCGAGGAUGAUCUCUUUCACAGGUUAUAUUUUAUAACCAGGACUUGAAAAAUAUACAGCAAUCCCAUUAAAAGGGAAUAAACCUAUUAGCCAGAGGUAAAAAGACCUACUGUUGUGGGACUGGGGGAGUCCAAUACUUGACUUCUCCCAGACGCUUGGGAGCUCUACUCUUCAGGGUAGAAGUUUUUGAUGAGAGGGAUUCAGCACCUUCUUCCAGAGGAAGUACUUCCAGAGUCCCAAUGUGGCUUCAGACCAUCAUGAGGCACAACUGACAUGAUUUUUGCAGCCAGGCAGAUCCAAGAAAAAUGUUAAGAACAACACCAGGAGCUGUAUAUGGCCUUUAUCGAUCAGACCAAAGCCUUUGACUCUGUCAAUCGUGAGGCGCUGUGGAAAACCAUGUCAAAGUUUGGCUGCCCAACCAAAUUUAUCACCAUUGUAAGAUUCCUCCACACCCAGAUGAUUGCCUCCAUCCUGUGCAGUGAUUCUACCUCUGAGCCCUUUGCAGCCCGAACUGGCAUAAAACAAGGCUGUGUACUGGCACCCACCCUUUUCUCCACUUUCUUAGCAGCUAUGAAAACAUUAACCCAAGACCAUCUACCCCAGGGCAUUGGUAUCCAAUAUCAAAUUGACAGCAACCUCUUCAACCUAUCUCGUCUCCGUACCAGAACUAUAUUUUUCAUGGGUCCUUAGGUGGCUGAGGAGUCCGAUCCUUGAGCCACAGGCUCGUUGACAGACAUUGCAUGUGGUGUUAGAAGACUGGGUUGGGCCUCAAUUGCUGUGUGACAGUUGUCUUUCCAGUUUUUUUCUGGGGUUUUUCUGCUACCAGAGCAAGGUGAUUUUCCUCAAAAGUGGACGUUCCCUCUCUGACAAGACUUCGCUGGUUAUCUGUAUCCUGAGCUGCUGUCUCGCAGUAUGUGGUGUCGAUGCCACAUCUCUUGAUGUUUAUCUUGAGAGUGUCUGUAAAGGGUUUCUUUUGGUCUCCACGUUUCCUUUCUGCUUUGGAUCAUCAUUUUCUCCCUGUGUGUGGCAAGCUGCCUCCAGAUAAUGUACAAUGGGUCUACAAAUUCAUUUUGUGGUUGACCCGCAGGGGUGGUGCUGCAUGGGCAUGAUUAUCUUCGUUUGGCUUUACAACACACUCUUUAUUCCCCAAAUUAUCCUCUUUCCUCACUAUGAAGAGGGACACACUUCAACUGCAGCGAUAUUGUGCUACUACUUAGUCUCAUUGUUCUGUAUAGUUUCGUUAUUGAGAGCCUCCAUAGCUGAUCCAGGAAAACUCCCUGAAACGCCAAAGAUACCACUUACAGAACGAGAAUUUUGGGAGCUUUGUAAUAAGUGUAAUAUGAUGAGACCAAAGCGAUCCCAUCACUGCAGUCGCUGUGGACACUGUGUUAGGAGGAUGGAUCACCACUGUCCGUGGAUUAACAAUUGUGUUGGUGAAGACAAUCAUUGGCUGUUUCUGCAGCUAUGCUUCUACACUCAGCUUCUUAGUUCCUAUACAUUGAUACUUGAUUUCUGCCACUAUUAUUAUUUUCUGCCCCUGAAAAAAGUUAACUGGGAUCUCUUUGUAUUUAGACAUGAACUUGCCUUGCUAAGAAUAUCGACCUUCAUGGGCAUAAUAAUGUUAGGUGGAAUAAGUGGACUCUUUUACACUCAGCUCGUGGGUAUUUUCACUGAUACAACUAGUAUAGAAAAAAUGUCAAACUGUUGUGAAGAAAUAUCGAGGCCCCGAAAGCCAUGGCAGCAGACCUUCUCAGAAGUUUUUGGCACUCGCUGGAAGAUCCUGUGGUUUAUUCCUUUCAGGCAGCGGCAACCACUGCGAAUUCCCUACCACUUUGCCAAUCAUGUCUAAACAGAUGGAUAGUGGGCACAGAUGGGUCCUCCAUGCUGGAAGUGUGUUACCGGUUUUAUGAUAAUAGAACUAUGACAGUCUUCAAGUCAAUUAAAAUCCACCCACCAAUCUUAGACAUCAUAAUGUGCCCCAGGCUUUAUUUUAAUAGUGUCUUGAUUCUGUUGUGGGAUUAGUACUAGUUCUAAGUUUAAGGCAUAUUUACUUUCAAAUUAGUUUUCCAGAGGGAUUUCUUGUGUGUUUGAGGUUAAUAACAAAAACAUAAAUGAUUGAGAUAUGUUACCCAAUUUUGUUUCGAUACUGGAUAUUUUGAUUUUUAUUUUUUUUAAGGAAACACUGAAGUUUACAUAGAUUAAUAGAUUUCAAACAAAGUGUGUCAUUCUGCAUUUAAUUUUUUAGUGUUUUUUAUUAGUAGAUUUAUCUAGAUUAUGUACAGGUCUUUGUCUGCUAAUUGUGUUUAAAAUUUUCUAAUGCCUUCUUUUAUUUAUGAUGCAUGAUAUUAAUCAUGCAGUACAGCACUGGAAAAAGGUGGUAUUUUAACAGAAGCAGCCUUUUUCCUAAACUUUUUCCAGAAGUUUUUUUAAGAUAUAAAGGGAGAUAUUGCAUCUUAUAGUCUCAGUUUUGUAAAAAUGUAGUCUUAAUACAAUAGGUUAUCAUUGUCCCUGUGUCAGUAAAAGCUAUGAGCUCAAACACUCUUGGGCAAACUAUGCAGAUAUAAAGCAUGUUUUUCCGUUUUCUCCACAAGGAUUUCCUUGUAACUUGCAAUAAUUCCACAUAUAAUCGAUAUGGUACGAAUAUUAGAGUGCAUACAUUUAAAAAAUGCAGGUUUAAUCAGUCAAUAUAAAGUAUCAUGUAUGAAUAUACAAAGUAGUGUGUGGUCACUAAAGUUAUACUUUACAUUUUGUUUUGGUUAGUCACUACUAGAACUAGAAUUAGGAUUACUUUUCAGGUGUUUAUGGAAAUGGACAAUGUGUAUGGAAAGUACUUUUUAAGUAUUUUAUUUAUAUGUAAAUAUUGAUGUUAUAGAUAAGCACUAAUUUCUAUGUAAACAGGGUCGUUGAACUGCACUAACUUCCUCUUCUGUGUAUUGUGUGGACAGGAGACCAUUUUGCUCUUUUUCUGGGAUAGGAGGGUCGCUUCGUAUUAGAAGUGGUUAACAAGAAAUGUUAACCUUAAGAUUAGAGCUGGUCAAAUAGUAAACUGAUGCACACAUAGAAGUAUUGCCUUUGUUUUGCUAUGAUUUAGAGUGUUGUGUUGUGUUUGUUAUUCAUGUAUGUCUCAGCAAUUGUCAGGUAUUUGUGAAUCUUGAAAGUUUCAUGAAUUUUCACAAAGAUAAAAUUCAUAGUUUGUGUUGCUCACUAUUCUGCUGAAAAGGUUUAUCAUCCAGUCUAAGAGUAGAAACAGCAGGAUGCAUCUUAGGUGACUACCAUACAACAUGAAUAACAAAUAGUGAAUAGUCAAAGCAAACAAGACAUAAGCUGAAAAUUAUUCAUCCAGGAUAUCUGGGAUUUCUAGCAUUCUGAGUGAAAGUUCCUUUCACUCUCUCUUUCACUGUUAGUUUCUCUGUAGAACAGUCUUAUGGCUGAUGUUUAAAUCAAAGUUCAAAAUGUCCAAGAGGUGAUGAAAAUGCUGAGGUGGCCUUUGAAAUUUACAAAUGGGCACUGUAUAAAGUAACUGCUGCAUCUCCUUUAAGAAAAAGGAAGUCACCUACUGUAUCCUCUGUGAUACUCUGGAUAGAAAUUAAGUUGUUUUCAUUCUGCUUAAAUGUGUUUUGCAAAACACACGUAUAUAAAUACAGGGUUAGGGGGUUUUUUUGGUUUUUUUUUUUUUUUUUUUACUUUUCUUGAUAAUGAAUUAGCAUAGUUUGCAGGUUAUAUCAUUUAAAUCAGUGUUUCUCAACUACCAGUCUGUAAAAUGGCACCAGUCCCUGAGAUCUGCCUGAUACAGUUUAGGAAGGCAGCAAGCUGGUCCCUGGUAUCAAAAAGCUUGAGAAACACUGAUUUAAAGCACUGAAGCCUUUGAUUAAAGAGAAGAUCAACGAGUUUAAAUGUCCUUGAUUCACUCAUUGUGGGAUGUAUAUUUAUUCCUUCUGUGUUUCUUACAUCUUCCUUUCAGUUACUUAACUUUGGAUAAAGCACAUUUGCAAUACAUAAAUUGUUGCAGUAUUGGACCAUGAAUUGUAAACAGUGUGUUUAAAUUUGGUAAACUGUACCUAUACAUGAAAUGAUGAGAGCAUGAAAUCUUUAGAGACAAAAAAUAGCAAUUAGUGUAAAUCUAAUAUUCUGUAAAUAUAUUCCAAAUAAGAGGAAAUAACUAGGUUGUGACCUUAUCCUAAAAUGACACGGAUCUUGAGUUAAACAGAAACAAAGUCUGAAUGUAUAUAUUGUAAACUGUACAUAUGUAUACACAUAUGCAUAUCUGCAGUUUACAAGCUGUCCAGUUUGGUUGAUUAGCAGGUGUGUUUGCCUAGUAUGUACUGAUUUAGGACUCUGGCCGGUUGGGCUAGUGGUGAAGCUGACAUAUACUCAAGUCUUAGGGAGAGCCUUUCAUCUCUUGUUCCCCAAGUGCCCUCUUUUGGCCAAGUCAUGCAAUGACAUUAGCUCUUGUAUUAGAGAAGAGAUGAUGUCCCUGCAGUUAUGGUUCAUAGAUUGCUGAGGCCUCAUACUCAGACAAUGGUGAUUUGGAGACAUAACUGUUGAGGAGAAUGGAAAAAAUACACCCAAAGUACGUGGUUUGCAGCAAUCUAUAUUCUUGUGGCUCUAGCAUAUAUCCCAAAUACAAAAGCACUGUUGUCUUGCCUUGGCUCAGGUAAAAAUGAAAUAUGUCAGACCUUUUGGAAAUCCUCAGAAUAGGUCUGUGGUUUCUAUAACUAUACUCUCUUUGUCAAGUGAGGCAAAAUAUAGAUUGCAUUACCCAAUCCUGACGUUCCUUUUGAGCAAUGUGUUGUACAUUAAAGUUCAAAAAUAAAGCAUCAGAGUUACUGUUGCUGAAAUACCAGAUACUCAUUCUCAUGUUAUGUGAUACACUCUUAAGUUUUGUCUGUUGACUGUUAUGUGAGAAUGGUAAUGCCAAAGUGCAGAGGUUCUCAAACUUUUUCACAGUGAUGGACUUCCUUGUAGACCUCUCCCUUUUCAGCUUCUGAAUCCCAUUCCCACACCUUGCCCACAGCAACUGUAAUGUUCAGUUAUACAGAAUGAUAAUAUUAGGACAAUAAUGAGUGAUCUGCUUCAUUUUCUACCCCAUUUUGCGUUUCUGCUGUUUAUUUCUAUAAAAUCUUCAAAUUUUGUGGGGCCCAAUUUGAGACAUCUUUAAAGGGGUUGAUUUUCAGAAAGUGUUGAGUUUCCAUCUUUUGAAAAUCAGGCCUCUUUAAUGUGUCUGAAGUUAGGCACCCAAUAUCAAUUGUCUUCUUUGAAAAUUUAGGGCAGGAGCAUUCUCAUAUUAUUCACUUAUUAAAGCAGUUGUUCUGAAAUUGUGAUCUCCAGAGCUGCUUCUCUCACAGAUGUAAAGGAUCUUCCAGCAGUAAUGUUAGUAACACUUCUCCCUAUAGCUGUAGCCCCAUAUUUGGGGCUCUGGUGGUUCAGACGAUAUAUUUGACCACCUAAUCUUUAAAAAAACCAACACACACACACACAAAAAAAACCCCUAUUCAUAUUAUACCCCAUGUAGCUAGUUUUAUUCACUUCUAUCAGCUGCCUGUUUCUUUGGUGUCAAUUCAAUUCUGAUUAAAUUUGUGGAUGAUAUCAAAAUUGGAAGAGGGACAGAACCACAUUUCAAAGUAGCCUGGAGAGAGUAGAACGGUACUGUAUACUAGCUGCUAUUUAUUUUCUUGCAUUUGUUCCCUUUUUGUUGUAUUGCGACUUUGGUCAGGUUUUAAUAUUAAUCUACUCUAUUACUCUUUUGUAAGGCUUGUCUAGACAGGGAAGUUAAUUCAGAUUAAAGUAGGGUUUUAUUAAUUUUAUGCAGAGUAGUUAUUUGUUUCAUUCCCUGUGUGAAUUAUUAAUCUAUAAUGAGUGUCUACACAGGAGGUUAUUCAGGAAUAGCAACUCCAGAAUAACUCCUCAUAUAGACAAGCUAUAAAGUUCAUAAACCUUGUGAAUACGAACAGUACUAAGGGAUUGCCUACUAAUAAGUACACAUGUAAUUGACUGUUGUAGAUAUAUUAGCUAUGAGACAAUAAUAGCUAUAUUUACUGCAGCAUAUAAAUGGAAAUCCAAGCUCUGAAAGUGCUCUGGAAACAUUUUGUUUCCUUUUUAGCAACGGGAUGUUGUGAUGUAGUAGAAGUAUGACAUCAGAAGGGUUGGUUGGAGUCUGGACAGUAAGGAGUUUGGAACAUGAACAUCUUUUGCCGUGAGCUAGUGGUUUCAAGUUGCACUUAAAACAUCUGAGCUACAGCAUGGGCAUUUUGAAAGUAAAUGGAAGAAAGAUUCCUAGUUAAAUGUUGGCCAACAGUAUACCUUUGGUGCUGGGCAUUUAAAUGAGUGAGCCACAUCACAAUAAUUUCUCUGUAAAUGUUACUAAAAACAGUUCUGGCUGACAGUGAAGUUAAGAAAUAUUCUCUUUUCACUCUUGGGUAUGACUUAUUACUAAUCAGGUUUGCAUUUCACUGAAGAAACAGGCAACUGAUAGACAUGACUAAGAAUAGCUACAAAGGAUGUAAAACAAUGGGUGCCGAUGUAAGAACGUGGAUGGUUGGACAGACUUUGCAGUAGGAAAACUCCUGUGCAUCUUGGAUCUUAUAAGAGGACGAAUGGGGGAGAAAGAUUCAUAUCCAACAAAAAGGAAGUUAGGAUGGCUCCAAAAGAGUUGUUUGUUUCAGCUUUACUAAACUGUGAACAAGAUGCAAACAGCAGGAACUAUACAAUUUAUAUGUACAUUGUAUCCCUCUUUUCCAUUCAUCACCUUAUAAUAUUUGACACAGAACUCUUCAAAAAGCACAUCCUGUGCUGCCCAGUUUUAUUCAGUAAAUAUGCAAAUUAUAUUUUUCUUCAGUAAUGAGCAAAUAGUUGUUGCAGUUUGUAUUGUAGCAAACCUCUAGUUAUCUAUGGAAGGAGCCUUGAUCAUGAAGAUGAUAUCUGAGCAUCAUUGCUACGGAGAAUUUGCUGUAAUAAGUCAGUGAAACAUUAGUUACGUAAAUGGCUUCACUAGUUCACAACAAAACUUAUGCUUAUUUUAUAAGUUGUAUAUAAUCUGCCAGCCUUUCUGGCAUCAAUACAACAAUAGCAGACUUUUCUGUCAUGUAGAAGAUACAUCAUAUCAUUUAACAUGUCUAUGAUUUCUAUACCCUUCGUUUCCCCAAACUUGAUUUUACUGCCAACCACAAAUAAUAAGAGACCACUGUAGCUUUCUUAAACUAACCAACUGUAUUACAAGACAGAGCUAACAAACAGUGCUUAUAAUUAGUCCUGAGCCCAGUUUUCCAACUGGAUAUAACAUCCCUCUACUAAAAAGACUAACUGAUCUGUUCCAAAUAUGGUGGAGUCUUGACCUCCUGCGAAAUAAUAGUCACUUCUUCCACAUAUAUAUGGCAUAAGGGCUAUGUCUCAUAUCGCACUGAGGAUAAAUAAUAUUACUUAAUCUGCAUUAAAAUAGUUACAAUUUAAACUAUUGUGAAAUAAACACCUAAGUGUACCUCAGUGAUAUCCAAUACUGAAAGAUACAAGAGUAGUGUGAAGUAGUGUGUAUCCCACCUCUUGCCUUGUUAUGUAUAAUGGAAUAAUCAACUAAUUAAUUGCUUUACCAAGGCUUAUAACAAGUUCCUGUUUCACCCAUACUUCUGCCACUGAGAGAACAGAAAUGUCGAUUUAAUUUUCUGAGAACCAAAAUUACUGUUCUGCAUUUGUCCUUCAAACCAGUUAGUAUCAGUCUUUUUCGAUCACCAGGCCAUCAUACCUUUUACUACAUUCUGUAGCCAAGAGUUUGCUACUAAAAAGCAAUUUGACCAAACACUCCAUCUAUCCACAAGCUCUCAGUGAAGGGUGUCUUCAUGGGUCAGACCUACAAACAUCUCAGGGGUUGUCUCUUCAGCUCAGCCAACCAUCUCUGGUCUGGAUUUUUCUUUUCCAAAUCGCUGUCGAUCAGAACAGGAAGCUAUUGUGCCACCCUCUUUAGCUUCUUCACUGCUUCUCUUAUGCACACUGCUGCAUUCUAGACCUCAGGUCACUAUUCCCAUGUGCAUCAGGUUAGUAGUCAGGAGCCAUGAUGAUUUGAGAAGAGCACAAAAACUUGCUUCAUCACAUUACCCCAAUCCUCCUGUCCCACUGCUGCCUUCGGAUUCCACGUGUGCCAAGCUGACAGCAACAAAGUAUAGGCAGCCCCAUGGUGUCUAGUGCUCCUCAAAAGACCAUUUGGAGGCCUCCUGAAACUGUAGGGCCCAGAUCCUGGUGUAUUAGUUCAUGCCUGAUUUUGGGCAGCUUUGUAUUGCUGAGUAAAUUUGCCUAACUGAAUUGUCUGUCAGUAUUAAUGACACAUGUAAACUUUUUAUUUGGGAAGGAGGCAUCUGUGUCCAAAUACAACUGCCAUACAACACUUGAAUUUUCGGAAGUGCUAAGCACCCACAUUUCCAGUUGAAGCCUAUGGAAGAUGCAGGUGUUUGACUUCUCUGAAAAUGAAGACACCAUUGCCUUGCAGUCCUGCUCUGCAUCUAGUAACCUUUCUAGUCACUUUUACAUUUAAACAGCAUAUUGCAGCACACUAAGUAUGCAUGGUAAGGAUGCAUGUGGUGUGAAAAUGAAAACCUUUGCAGAGAGUGCUUAAGUCACUAGGUUUGAAGUUUCCUUGUGAGGGACUAACUCAUUAUCUAACAGGGGAUCUGAACUUUGAGGGCUCACCUGAUUAUGAUGUAGUUUGGUCCCAUCUAUGCAGACAAGUCAUACUGUGUUAUAACAUUAUUCUACAACAUAAGAAUUUUGCUGGUAUAGAUAGGCCCAGCUCAGUCCUUCUGCUCCCGAGCACCUUGGUUACAGUCCCCCAGUCAUGUGAACACCACCACUGAUUAGCUCUAGCUACAGGCAUGCUAGGCUCUCUUUGGCAAAAGGAAAAGUCACUGUGCUUUGACAGCCUGAGCAGAGGUAGGAUAUAUUUUUAUUUUUAGAUCUCAAUCUCUCCAGUUACAUUUCUUUUAUUCUAUUGUGGUGCAACUGUAAAUACAUAUUUAUGUGUCUUCUAGGGUUGGGAGCAAGGGGUUUAAUUACUUAAAAUCCUCAGGUAUGUAAUCCCCAGUUGGUUCUGUGUAAGCAAACAUGCAGAAAAGCUAUCAUACUCUUUUGUGGAUUCUGAGCUAGUGUUGAAUAACGAGGAGUACCUGUGGCACCUUAGAGAUGAACAAAUUUAUUUGGGCAUAAGCUUUCGUGGGCUAAAACCCACUUCAUCGGAUGCAUGCAGUGGAAAAUACAGUAGGAAGAUAUAUAUAUAUAUAUAUAUACAAACACAGAGAACAUGAAAAAAUAGGUAUUGUCAUACCAACCGUAACAAGACCAAUCAGUUAAGGUGGGCUAUUAUCAGCAAGGAAAAAAAAUCUUUUGUAGUGAUAAUCAGGAUGGCCCAUUUCGAACAGUUGACAAGAAGGUGUGAGUAACAGUGGGGGAAAAAUUAGCAUGGGGAAAUAGUUUUUACUUUGUGUAAUGACCCAUCCACUCCCAGUCUUUAUUCAAGCCUAAUUUAAUGGUGUCUAGUUUGCAAAUUAAUUCCAAUUCUGCAGUUUCUUGUUGGAGUCUGUUUUUGAAGGUUUUUUUUGUUGGAGAAUUGCAACUUUUAGGUCUGAAAUUGAGUGACCAGGAAGGUUGAAGUUUCUCCGACUGGUUUUUGAAUGUUAUAAUUCUUGAUGUCUGAUUUGUGUCCGUUUAUUCUUUUGCAUAGAGACUGUCCGGUUCGGCCAGUGUACAUGGCAGAGGGGCAUUGCUGGCACAGGAUGGCAUAUAUCACAUUGGUAGAUGUGCAGGUGUACAAGCCUCUGAUAGUGUGGCUCAUGUUAUUAGGCCCUGUGAUGGUGUCCCCUGAAUAGAUAUGUGGACAGAGUUGGCACCGGGCUUUGUUGCAAGGAUAGGUUCCUGGGUUAGUGUUUUUGUUGUGUGGUGUGUGGUUGCUGGUGAGUAUUUGCUUCAGGUUGAGGGGUUGUCUGUAAGUGAGGACUGGCCUGUUUCCCAAGGUCUGUGAGAGUGAGGGGUUGUUCUUCAGGAUAGGGCUUUUUCAUGAUGUAGUAAGACACAGCAGGAACUAACUGUUCAUCUUCAGCAUUGUUUUUGACAGACACAUAAUAUUCAAGUUAUUUUUAAACUGUGUGUGCCUGAAGUCAGUAUUUCCUGACAAAAUGUACUGUACGCAGUGUUCUGGUACUACUAGAGUAGCAUUUAGUAACGGGAGAUCCUGACUGUUGCACCAAAGAAGAAACUUUUAUGGUUUGUUCCACUUGGGAGACUUAUGUUCUCACAUACAUAUGCUUUGUAAAUUUAGAUUUAAUCUCAGUCAGAUCAGUUUCUGUUUAACAAAAUUCCGUAUCCAGACUUUAUUGGCAUAGUUGAUUUUAAAUGUUCAUUAUGGAUGGUUUUGUAAUUAUGCCAGAUAGUAAAGUAUGUUUUUGCCAUUUAAUUGAAUUAUUUUAACACAAUAUAGUUAAUUCACAGGGUAAUUCAACAAACUGGGGUUUUGAGAGCAAAUUACGUGGCACUGAUCUCAGUCACUUAAAUUCUUCCUUAUGCACAAUGUAAAAGAUUUCUUUCAUCCAUGUUACACUGACACACUUUAUUCUAUCAUUUAAAAAAUUAUAGGACUGGAAGGGAUCUCGAGAGGUCCUCUAGUCCAGUCCCCUGCACUCAUGUUUGUUGGAAUCCUUUCGUCUGCGAGAGGCGGUGGGAAUUGAAGCCUAUGAUGUAGAUGGUUUGCAAUGUCCCAUGUGACUGAAUAGUCCAAUCCGAGAUUUGCAUGAUCUUUGGCAGUUAUUGCAAGUGUAUGUAUCUUGCUUGCUUCCUAUGGGGUCUUUUUCUCUUCAAGCUGUAGGAGGCAGCUUCUGUCAAGGGCUUUGAUACCCUGAUGGAGACGAUGGUGCCACUUGUUACGAUCACUUGCCAAGAUUUCCCAUUGGUCAGGAUCAAUUUCAAAUUCCUUCCUAUCUCGCUUGAAUGUGCCUUUAUAGCAAAGCUUGGGACGUCCUGUUGUUCUUGUUCCCUCUGAUAGCUCCCCGUAUAGCAUGUCCUUGAGGAUGUGUCAGUCUUCCAACCUAUUCAGGUGGCCCAGCCAGCGCAGUCAUCUUUGCUUGAGCAGGGCUGUCACACAUGGUAAGUUUGCCCUUCGAAGAACCUCUGCAUUGGUGACUUUUUCCUGCCAUUUAGUGUUGAGUAUGUGGCGUAAACAACAUAGUGGAAACCAUUUAAUCUUGUCUCCUGAUGAGCAUAAGUUGUCCAUGUUUCCCCACCAUACCUGAGAGUGCUGAGGAUGCAACUUGGUACAUUAGCAUUUUGGUCUUGAUGAUAAGCUUUGAGUUGUUCCAUGCUCUUUUAAUUAGUCUGCUAAAGGUGGUGGCAGCCUUUCCAAUGUGAACAUUUAGCUCUUCAUCCAGUGAGAGGUUGGUGGUCACUGUAGAACCUAAAUAGCUGAACUUUUGGACUACUUCUAGCUUGUUUGCAUUUAAGGUAAUUGAAGGGUCUUGUGGAGCCCCUUUUCCUAAUACAACCAUUUUCUUGAUGCUGAUGGUAAAAGCAAAUGCCUGACGGGCACUUGAAAGGCGGUCCAUGAGUUAUUGUAAUAGAUCUUCAUUGUGGGCGAUGAGGGCAACAGCAUCAGCGAAUAGAAGUUCCCUGAUUAGCACUUUUUGUCUUUGGUCUUUGACUUAAGUCGGGACAGGUUGAAGAGUUUCCCAUCUGAUCUUGUGUGGAGAUACUCUCCAUCUUUCAUGUCCUUAAACAAAGUUCAAGAGUACUGAGAAGAAGAUUCCAAAGAGUGUAGGGGCAAGAACACAUCCUUGCUUUACUCCACUUUUCAUUUCAGAGCUGCCCGAAGUGGACCCAUCAAACUGGACGGUUGCUCUCAUGUUGUUGUGGAAUGAACGUAUAAGACUUAACAGGGUUGGCGGCAUCCUAUCUUUUCUAGUAUUGCAAAUGAGUAUUGGCACUCAUCGUAGGACUAAAUAUUAUCUAGACCAUCCCUGACAGGUGUUUGUCUAACCUGCUCUUAAAAAUCUCUAAUGAUGGAGAUUGUACAACCUCCCUAGGCAAUUUAUUCCAGUGCUUAACCACCCUGACAGUUAGGAAGUUUUUCCCAAUGUCCAACCUAAACCUCCCUUGCUGCAAUUUAAGCUCAUUGCUUCUUGUCCUAUCAGCGGUUAAGAAAAACAAUUUUUCUCCCUCCUCCUUGUAACAACCUUUUAUGUACUUGAAAACUGUUAUAUCCCCUCUGUCUUCUCUUUUCCAGACUAAAUAAACCCAAUUUUUUCAAUCGUCCCUCAUAGAUCAUAUUUUUAGAACUUUAAUCAUUUUUCUUGCUCUUCUCUGGACUUUCUACAGUUUGUCCAUAUCUUUCCUGAAAUGUGAUCCCCAGAGCUGGACACAAUACUCAAGUUGAGGCCUAAUCAGUGUGGAAUAGAGUGGAAGAACUACUUCUCAUAUCUUGCUUACAACUCUCCUUCUAAUACAUCCCGGAAUGAUGUUCGCUUUUUUUUUUUUUUUUUUUGCAACAGUAUUACACUGUUGACUCAUUUAGCUUGUGGUCCACUAUGAUGACCAGAUCUCUUUCCACAGUGCUCCUUCCUAGGCGGUCAUUUCCCAUUUUGUAUGUGUGCAACUGAUUGUUCCUUUCUAAGUGGAAUACUUUGCAUUUGUCCUUAUUCAAUUUCAUCAUAUUUACUUCAGACCAUUUCUCCAGUUUGUCCAGAUCAUUUUGAAUUAUAAUCCUAUCCUCCAAACCACUUGCAACCCCUCCCUGCUUGGUAUCAUCCGCAAACUUUAUAAGUGUACUCUCUAUGCCAUUAUCUAAAUCAUUGAUGAAGAUAUUGAACACAACUGGACCCAAAACUGAUCCCGGGGGGACCCCACUCAUUAUGCCCUUCCAGCAUGACUGUGAACCACUGAUAACUACUCUCUGGGAACAGUUUUCCAACUAGUUAUACACCCACCUUUAUAGUAGCUCCAUUGAGGUUGCAUUUCCCUAGUUUGUUUUUGGGAAGGACAUGUGAGACAGUAUCAAAAGCUUUACUAAAGUCAAGAUAUAUCAUGUCUACUGCUUCCCCCCUAUCCACAAGGCUUGUUACCCUGUCAAAGAAAGCUAUCCGGUUUCUUUGACAUGAUUUGUUCUUGACAUAUCCAUGCUGACUAUUACUUAUCACCUUAUUAUUUUCUCAAUGUUUAAAAACUAACUGCUUAAUUGUUUGCUCCAUUAUCUUUCCAGGUUCAGAAGUUAAGCUGACUGGUCUGUAAUUCCCCAGGUUGUUCUUAUUUCCCUUUUUAUAGAUGGGCACUGUAUUUGCCCUUUUCCAAUCCUCUGGAAUCUGGAAUCCGUCUUCCAUGACUUUUCAAAGAUAAUUGCUAAUGGCUGAGAUAUCUCCUCAGUUAGCUCCUUAAAUAUUCUAGGAUGCAUUUCAUCAGAUCCUGGUUAGACCUGAAGACAUCUUAACUUGUCUAAGUAAUUUUUAACUUGUUCUUUCCUUAUUUCAGCCUCUGAUCCUACCUCAUUUUCACUUGCAUUCACUAUGUUAGACGUCCAAUCACCACCAACCUUCUUUGUGAAAACCGAAACAAAGAAGUCAUUAAGCACCUCUGCCAUUUCCACAUUUUGAGUCUUCCUCUUGCUUCUAAUGUAUUUGUAGAAUGUUUUCUUGUUACGUCUCUAACUAGUUUGAUCUCCUUUUGUGCUUGGCCUUUCUAAUUUUGUCCCUACAUACUUGUGUUAUUUGUUUGUAUUCAUACUUUGUAAUUUGACCUAGUUUCCACUUUUUGUAGGACUCUCUUUUUUGAUUUUUAAAUCAUUGAAUAUCUCCUGGUUAAGCCAGGGUAGUCUCUUGCAUACUUCCCAUCUUUCCUAUGAAGCAGGAAAUGUAUCCACCUCAUCUAGGCAAGCAUUACAGUUUUCGGAGUGGAUUGGGAUAGAAGCAGAAGAGGAACUGGUUGCUAAACGGCUAUAAUUUUGUAAAGCAUGCAGACUGCCUAUAUUGUUCUCUGCAAAAUCUCUGAAAGCUUAACAAAAAAUUCCACAUAUGUGGAAGAAAUUGCCAUCUGUGUAGCUUUAGCCAAUGAUACUGUUACUGGCCACUAUUUUCUCUCUCUUCGCCAAUAAAACACAGAUCUGAUCUGUUUAGAAAUCCAUCUAAAAAUGAUGGAAAGUCAUACAUAAUGUUAAAUCAGACAGUUCAUGAACUAAUAAGGAAUAUUUACUUCAGUUAGCAGGAGGUAACAAAUGCAUGUUCAGAACGACGCCAGGCAGACAAUCAAAGCAAAGCAUGUUUAAACUUGUUCAAAAUGAAACCACGAAAAGUAAUCAAUUUCCCUGUUGAAUAUAGAUACACUAUUAGGCUUUGAAAUUAUUAUAAAAACAUUUUGUAACUGAAAAAAUACAACAGUGAAACGACUUCUGUCUUCACAGAUUGAAUUAAUCAAAUUAUCAAAGUAAUCUGUCUGAAAAUACACCGAUUACAAGAGGUCACUUCAGUACUGUUCAAAGAUAUAUGAAAACCAAAUGAAAUGCAAUAGAUGCCUCAUCUGUAUGUUGUUUAUAUCAAAAUAGUAUUAUCAUUGUAGACAAUAUACUGUAAAUCACCUUAUGUUUACUUUUUGUGUGUGUAGUUCAGGUUGAAGAUAGUUAAGAGUGCAGAAUACAUGCUGGCAGUUGUCCCCUGCCUUUAUAAAGGGGAAAAUAGUUAUUUCUCUUGGAUUAAGGCUAAUUAUGAUCUGGACUGGUCAAAAUGGUAAGAUCUCAAAACCUUUUUGGCAUCAGGGGAUGCUACUGUUUAUGUUUAAAAAAAACAAUUUGUGGAGAGUGCUGUUGGACAAUUACAAGAGCUGCCUUCAAAGCCCAAAUCAGCCAUUUUGUUCUGUUAUGCCUUUAUCCCAUCCUGGAUAUUUUUAAAAGCAUCAUCUUCCAAAACACUACUAAAAACUAGCACAACGUAGCUGAGCGUUUCAGACAAUAAGAGCCUGUUUCCGCAGAUACUUAAGCAUGUGACUACCUUGAAGCACAUGAGUAGUCCCUUGCUGAACUAGAACCUGAGGUUCAAAAUCUGCUCUGUUGCUCCCAUUAACUUCAGUAGAGUUCCACCUGUAUACCUCUUAAGUAUAAUUUGGACCUAAAGUAGAAUAUACACUUCAAAAGGUAUACAGGAAAUCUGAGGCAAACUUCAUGAUAUGUGCACAUUUGUGGGAAAAAUCAAUAUUUUUCUGAAUUUACGUAAACUGAUUUUCCCAGGUCUGCAAUACUGAAGAUUAUAUAGAUACUCUGUCUCCUUAACGGUUUUCAACCCAAGUGCCAUAAUAAAAUAUAUUCUGUAGCAAACUAUAUCAAAUUUUGUAAUUUAGGCUUUCUGAAUUUUGUAAGUCACUUAAUCUGCGUGGUGGUGUUUUUUAUUGUUUUGUUCUCUAUUUUACCUUGACUGUUUACUAUUACUUUAAUACUGUUUACAUUAGACAUGUUGAGAAUGACUAGUGCUGAAGUUCAGGAAAAGAAGUACAUAAAUAAUUAAUGUAUGAUGUCUGAGGUGAAUGGGAGAACGGUACCAAAACAGGGACACUUGCUCUGGUAUUCUUUUUAUAAAAAUCAAAACAUGAAAUGUGUAUCCACUUCGUAAAUAAUGAUUUGUAUUUAUUUUGAUGAUUGUUUCAUUUGUGUAAUAUUUCUGUUUUUCUUUCCAGAAUGAUUUAAGUUAAAUUGUGGAUAUUUUUAUUUGUAUUUAUGUGUAUUAUGUACUGUAUUUUUAGAAAUUUUAUUUUUAAAUAAAAAUAAAAAAUUCUCAGUUUUUC